AUGCACCAUCUUUCAGAAAAGAUUAAGAAACAUGAGCUGUCAAAGACCCACAUGGAUAGCUGUUUGAGAUUGUCUGCUUUGGGGAGAGUGAACAUUGCCACUCAACUGGAUGAGGGAUACAGGCUAGCUGUCCGCCGCCACAACGAUGAGGUUAGCAAAAACCGCCACAUCCUCAGCCGGCUAAUCCAGUGUUUAGAUGAGGUGUUUGAUGACCAUCUUAAAAAUGCUAAAGUUUUCAAGGGCACAUCAAAGACCAUUCAAAACGAGCUACUGGAGUGUAUGCUAGCGGUCAUGAGGGAACAUAUUGUGGAGGAGGUGAAGUCGGCGAACUUCGUAGCUAUCCAAGCUGACGAGACCACGGAUGUUUCUACACAGACACAGCUGGUGCUUGUGCUGAGGUACAUGGAUAGCAACCACAAAGUGCAGGAGUGCUUUUUUGAGUUCCUUCCCAUCUCGGAAUCAACCUCAGUCUCAAUAGCCAGUGUGCUUUUGGAGAGACUGAACGGUCUUUUUGCCGACGACGAGAAGGUCAAACUCAUUGCGCAAGCUUACGAUGGAGCCAGUGUGAUGAGGGGAGAGAAGGCUGGUGUGCAGCAAAAGGUGCGUGAGCAUUUCAAGAAUGCCCAUUACGUGCAUUGCUAUGCGCAUCAGCUGAAUUUGAUCAUGCAGCAAGCUACUUCUCGCAUAAAAAAAGUGAACAUUUUCUUUUCUGAUCUGAGCGGGAUUGCAACUUUUUUUUCUCGGUCACCCAAACGCACCAGCAUUCUUGACCAGACUGUUGCACGAAGACUGCCCAGAGCUUCAUCCACACGGUGGAACUUCAACAGCAGAGUCGUGAACACUGUCUACGAGAAUCGAGACGACCUCAUAGAAUGUUUUGAAGCCAUCCGGACGGGUUCAUUGGGUUCAUUUGACCAGCCCACCGUGAGAGAGGCAUCUGGCUACGUGAGGAUGCUACAUGAUGAAGAUUUUAUUUUUUUCCUGGGGCUUUUUCACGAAAUCAUGCUUCACGUCGACAUUCUGUACCAAAAGCUACAGAAGAAGGACAUCGAUGCUGUCUUCAUCAAACGUGCCCUCGACAGCUUCACAAGCAGUGUGCAGGCCAUAAGGGACUCCUCUCAACAGCAGCUGCAAGAACCAACAGGAGCCAAAAGACCCAGAACUGCUUUGAGAGAAGAGGAGAAGCAGAGGCUGUCUGAAGAGGUCUGCAACACCAUUCUGGAUCACACCAAAGAAAGGUUCUCUUUCUCUGGCCACCUUGUGAGUGCUACCUUCCUGCAAGCAGACAUGUUUGAAAGGUACUGCCAUUCAUUUCCUGAUGAGGCUCUGAAUGCCACUGUGAAUGCAUACCCCAUGCUGAGCAAGGCAAAGCUCAAGACAGAACUCUUUCUGAUCUAUGAGAAUCCUGAAUUCAAGGGCUGCUGUGGUGCACUGGCACUGUACCAGGUUCUCAUGAGCUACAACCUCCAGGAGACGUGGGAACUAGUCCUCAGCAAGCCUGAUUUCAAUGAGAAAGUCAUUGACCGCUUUGCUGCAUUGAAAGAGAGAAGAGCACAGUUUCAGUACAAGUAAUUUAGCCUCCCCCUCUCUUUGUCCCUCCCUGUCUGUCUCUUUAACACACACACGCCCAAAUC